UGGUGUUUGGUGAUUUUGUUAGAAAUCCUUUUGUUAUGAUGGCUGUUCAAGCACAGCAGUAUUCGGAGAAUCUGGGUUUUACUUUGUGCGGUUCGCAGGAAUGGAUGGAUUCUUGUGGUGGGUUUAAUGAUUUAUAUCUCAAUCUCCAACAGCAAGAACAAAUGCAACAGUUACAGAAUAUCAAUCUAUUCAAAAAUCACAAUCUGGGUUUCGAAAAUAACCCCCUGAUUUCUUCUUCUUCUUCUCAAAGUAACCCUCUGUCAAUGGCGUUUUCUGAGUCUUUAGCUGCUCAGAUUGAUAAGCAGGGAUUGGAGAUCGAUCGGUUUAUUCUAUUACAGAACGAGAGAAUCAGAUUAGCUCUGCAAGAGCAAAGGAAGCAUCAAGUGGCCAUCCUUCUAAGGAAAAUGGAAUCAAAGACGGUGAGCUUAUUGAGACAGAAGGACGAAGACAUUGCAAGAGCGGCUAAAAGAACAAUGGAGUUGGAAGUAUGCUUGAGAAGGAUGGAGAUGGAGAACCAAGCAUGGCAGAGAGUCACCAAAGAGAAUGAGGACAUGGUUAUGGUUCUCAAUAACGCUCUGGAACAGGUCAAAGAGAACGUUUGUUGCUUUCCAUCUGCCGGAGCAGAGGAUGCAGAGUCUUGUUGCGACAUCUCUCAGGAGCAUUACAGAGAAGAGAAGAUCAGAAGAAAAGAAAAAGAAGAAGAAGAGGAACCAAUGAGAAAGAUGGCUUGCAAGGCCUGCAAUUCUCGAAGAUCGUGCGUUCUUUUCAUUCCUUGCAGGCAUCUCUGUUCGUGCAAGUCUUGUGAAACCUUCCUCGAUUCUUGUCCUGUCUGUAAUUCUCCAAAAAAGGCGAGCAUGGAGGUCUUGAUGUUGUAGAGAAAAGCAAAAAUAGAGAAAUUAAAAUCUUUUUCUUUGUUUCUUUCUU